UUUCUUUUGCAGUACCUGGAAUGUUCAUGUAUUCCAAGAAGUGAUUUAGAAAAAAUAACAUUUCCCAUCUUAUAGUACAUUGAUUGCCCACCUUAAGUCGUUGGUUGGGCAACCAACCUCUUUACACCACCACAUUUCCUCCUCUACCCAUGCUUUAACCCAAAAAUUUUCAGAUUGAGAAUAGUUGAUGCAGGGGCAGAAAAGUCAGUUUGGACCCCAAUCCAUUGUCCCAGAUGGAAUGAGUAGUGAAGAAGCAAGAAAAUGAAGUGGCAAUCCAUUGCCCCAGAUGGAAUGGCAAGUGAAGAAGCAAGAAAAUAAAGUGGUGUAACAGGGAACAACUGUUGUUUUGCCUCAUUGGAAACAUCUGGUCCUACAUGUAAGAUAUGAGCACAUUAAAUAUGUGCUUGUCUUUGCUGCGUUUAUUGGGGAGUCUUUGUUUCGUCAAUGCCAACCCACAAAAAGAAGGCCUUCUGGUAUGUUGAAAAAAGCAGUUUUGUUGUUCUUAUUUCUCUUCCUUUGAUGGUUCUCUUCGGCGUCGUGAUUUGCAGGCAUGGGCAGGCUUUAAUGGCUACGCACCUCUCUCUCUAUGCUUUUGUCUGUGUGCUGUUGGGGGGUUAUGUAAGUGCAGAUAGAGAUUGGGUCCGAGUUUAAUGCCAUCUCUUUAGGCUGAAAAUGUUGGAAAUUAAUUGGUUGUCGGGGGCUUCAAAUGAGUGAUGCUUGCCGACAAUGCGCUUGUACUGGUGGCAACAGCUGCCGCUGCUUAUACUGAUUCAACUUCUAGAACCCAAUAGGCUGAGCCACAAACUGUAUGCUGAAGCUUUACUUACUUGCAAGAGCACAGUUGGUAGUCCUCGGCAAUUCAGUGGUAGGGCCGGGAGAUACCCUUGCCUGAGACAAUGGGUAUUUGUCGAUUAUCAUAAGCUGAAAGACCAAGGUGUUGUUUCUUUGUUCCCAAAAGCCCAUCCUCCGUCUCCACAGAUUAGAUCAAUCAACUUAUCACCUUUUGCUCCAAAGUUGUAUCUCUCACACAAAUCAAUUCAAUCACAAGCAAAGCUGCAUAAAACAAGAAAUUUGAGGAUAACAGCAGCAGUUGAUGGGGAUAGUGGUGUUCCUACACUUACGACUUUGCCACCAACUAAUGUUAAUAAACCAAGCAAGCAGAGACUAGCUGCCAUUGUUGGGGGUAUUGGUGCAGCCCUGCUUGUGGUGAUAAUUGUAGUACUUGUCUACAUCUGCUUGAUGCGUGUUAAAAGAUUUAUAAGGCGAACAUCUGAGACAGCAUCUUCUGUACCAUCUCCUCCUGUUGAGUGGGAUGGAAGGAACACUUCUCUACAGGCCAGUGCUCUCUCUCCAUAUGGUACAACGCAUUUAAGACAAUUAACAAUCAUGGAGCUGGAGCAUGCUACUUGCAAUUUCAGUCAAAAUAAUAUUAUAGGUGAAGGUGGAUUUGGUUUAGUUUAUAAAGGAUUGCUUCUAGAUGGAUCUAUUGUGGCUAUCAAAAGACGCUUGCAUACCCCAACUCAAUUUUUUGCUCAUGAGGUAAAACGCAUAGCUCGUGUCCAGCACAAGCAUCUUGUGAAGCUAAUUGGUUAUUGUGAAGAAAACCAUCAACAGCUACUUGUAAAUGACUAUCUCCAGAAUGGGAAUGUUGGGAAUCACCUGUAUGAUAGUGAAGGUUUACCGAUGGGAAGGCUAGAAAUAUGGCAAAGGUUAUCAAUUGCACUUGGUGCAGCCAAAGGGCUUGAGCAUCUUCACAGUUUGGUGCCUUCUUUCCUACACAUGCACUUCAGAACAAGCAAUGUACUUGUGGAUGAAAACUUUACUGCUAAGGUUUCUGAUUUUGGGCUUUCUAGAUUGCUGGCUGAGGGUGCUCGAGCUGGAUCCUCUUCUGCGAUCGACUGCUUUCUUGACCCAGAGUUGAGAUCAUCAAAGGAUUUUUCAGAGACAAGUGAUGUGUACAGUUAUGGGGUCUUCUUACUGGAGUUGAUCAGCGGACGUGAAGCACAUGGCAGGGAUGAGCCAAACUCGCAACAAAAUCUAGUACUGCAUGCUAGAUGCAUCAAUGAUCUCAACAAUUUCGUGGAUAAGACAUUAGGAGAUCACACAAUGGAUGCAGUGAAAGAGAUGAUGGAGUUGGCUCUGGCAUGUGUAGACAUUAGUGUGAGAAGACCUACAAUGAAGAAGGUGGUUGAAGAGCUAGAAAGGAUUCAACACAGGGAAAUUGGUCAUCUGCAGGCCCAGUUGGGUGAGGAAAUUGGUGUUGUAACACUAGGGAGUGAGCUCUUUAAAUGAGCCCCCCGCCUCAUUGGCUCAUUGGCUCAUUGCAUUAUUGUAAUAAUUCUUUUAUUAAAUUAAUUGAUUGUAAUUAUUGAACAUCACCUUAAUCAUAAGAUAAAUUUCUUAAUCAGUAAAUAAAUCAAAAGAAACCUUCCUGGGAAGUGAAGUUGUAUUUGG